CCGUGGGAUAAGUAACGCUUUCGAGGGACUAACAUGUCGGACCGAUAUCCAGCCAGCUUCUACGAUCAUCAUCAUCAGCUUCAGCUUCAGCUACAGCAUCACCAUCCCCAUCCCCAUCAGACGACCACGAUGUCGCAUUAUCCGCCACAGCCCUACCGAUCUGGUUACCAUCCCGCCGGCUACCAUCCCUACGGCUAUGGCUAUGGGUCUUCUGGUGCUUCUUACAUGCCCAACUACUAUCGCUAUGCCCCGUACGCCUCGCCGCAUUACAGCCAGCACCAUCAGGGCAUGUUCACGCCGGCUGGCCAACAGCUAAUCCCCUCCAGCGUGCUCCACUACCCGCCCAGGUCGCAUCCCUACCAGCAGCAGCAGCAGCAGCAGCAGCUGCCAUCUCAGCCUGGCUACGAGCCACCUGCUCCCUUGCCAUACAGUUCUUCCGCCUCCUACCAAUCCCGCGGCUUUGGUGCCUUUGCGGGUCCAACUCCCCACUAUGCUCCACCUGGCAGAUCCUCCACGCCGGCUCCGAAUCGCACUGUGCUGCCACCCAGCUACCUGGAACCACUUCGCAGCUACAGCGCCGAGCAGCAACAUCUCGGCCAGCAGCAACAUGUAGGGCAACAGCAGAUGCAACACCUCCCGCUGGCCGGCACACCAAAGCUCGAGGAACCUGAUGUCGAGGUGGAGGCGGUUGUCGAGUCCCCCGCCCAGCGGCUGACCACAUCGCCGCCCAUGAUCAGUGCCACCGGAACGGACAGCGGCAUCAGCAAUUGCAGCACGAGGGCGAGGAGCGACAGCAGCCAGAGCACACCGGUGUAUAGCGGCGAGUACCCGGUCAACAUGUCCGUGGAGUCCGCCUCCUGUGUGCCGUAUCACUGUCCGGCGGACGGAAGGGACUUCGAGGAGGAGGAGGUGCUGGUCCAGCCACCAGCUGCGGCGGAGACCCGGAGGGCGGACACUCCGCUCGAUAUUCCCGAUGACAUAAGCGCCACGUCGCCAGUGGCCAGUGAUAAGGUGAAAGCCGCACCGCCCACUCCGCCGGAAGUUGCCAGGCGUGCGGAAAUCAAUUUGCAGCCGGAGACAGGAGCAUCCUCGGAUGCGCCGACGACGCCGCAGGAAACUACUGGUGGUGAUCCAAUAAUCGAGGCGGGCGACGAGCAGCCAGGACAUGCGCAGCAGCAACAUCCUGUGGCGAAUGCGAAUAGCUGGAGUCCAACGCCGCGACGCCCGCGUACUCCGCCGGCGCCCCAGAACUCGCCAAUUGGUUUUGGCCAGAAUGCUAGUGUGCCACCUGCCCUGGCUCCUCUGCUCCAGCAGCAACAACAGCAACAGCAACAGCAGCAGUUGCAGUUGCAGCAGCAACAGCAGGCGGGCAACAUCAAGCGGUGUGCAGCGGCUGGCAGGAACCGCAGCAGCAACAACCGCAUCAUCGAGUGCGAUCUCAUUCCGAGCAAGAAAUCAAAACGGAAGGCGGCCAAAAAGGAAGCCGGUGGCAGCGAGAACCUGGAGGCUGUGGAGCCCAUCGUAAGGGAACAAAUUAGGGACAUCAAGCCCUUGCCGGGUUUCCUGCAGGCCUUCGGCUCCACCGAAAUCGGGCGCUUUUCCGAGCGAUUCCUGCAGACGCCCGAGUCGCUGGUGGAACGAUUGGCCGAGGAGUGCGCAGCCAGUACGCCCAGCAGUUUCGCAUCUCAUCCGGCCGGGGGCUACAUCGAUCCCCCGGCCACGCCCACACCCAGCCACUAUGCCUACGAGGAGCAGAACCAAGGCGGCUAUGCCAGGAAUCGAAUGCGGGGCUACGGCUACGAGAUGCCGGACUACAUGGCGUAUGAGCGAUAUGCGACCUACGGAGCCGGCAGACCAAGGGCUCGCUACGGGGAAAUCCGCUGCAACGGCUACUAGGAUGCGGUCCACCGAUACCGAUGUCGAGCGGAUCUUAUAUAGCUUAGGGUUAGUGUUGUUGUAGUCGUGCAUAGUCGUUGUCAUUCGAUAUUCUCUGUGUGUGCCUUUUUCGGUCAAAAUUGGACAAUGGAUAACCCCGAAGAGUUGUUGUUGUCGGGGGCAUUGUUAGCGAUGAGUGCGUUCAAAAUUUACCACAAGAAAUAAAAAUAAAAAAACAAAAGAAACAAGAAGCCAAAAUAUUGUUAGCAAACCAUCUACAUGUAAAUGAAUAGUAAUCAAUUAAGUAGUUCAAUGUAUUUUAAAUCGAAGUCGUUUUAAAUCGAUUCAGAAUGUAAGUUGAAAUCUUGUCCCACUGUACAUAAAUAUGCAUUUCGUAUAUGUAACACUAGAUUUUAGUCAAACUACUUGGGCAGUUGGUAAUGGGAUCUAAAAAGUUUUCGAGGUCUCCACGUGUUGGGAGACGUUUUUUCUCAACUUCACCGUAAAUGUAAUGAACACUCAAAAUUGUUAACAGCACCGUUUCCAUAUGGAAACCAUUUUUUUGGGGCACAAAAUUCUGAAAUCACCCCGACAAAAAUCAAAUAAAACAGAGCGAAAAUCUUACACUUAGCAAAAAGAUGUGCCAUUGAAAAAUAUAUUUAAUUGAAAACACCACAAUUUAGGGAUUACGUUUAUGUACAAUACAAAUACAAAUUAAAGUUUAGCUACGGUAGUCUAAAGCCAGAUAGUUAAUGUUAAAGCAAUGCACUACAUUUUAGUCUAGGACACAGAUACACACAUACAAACACACAGAUACAGAUACACCCAUACAGAGACACACUCGAACCACCGCACUAAUUUGUACUUGGCAAAAUUGAUUUAUUUUCUAUCGAUUUACUAACAACCUAUUCAUUUUCGAAUCGAUUUCUUUGUUGUAUUGAGUGCCUUAAUUUACUUGAAUUCAUUUCCAAUAUCUGUGCGUGAACAAAUAAACGUAACGAAUUUGUAUGAUUUACUUGUAGAGAGACAACCAAGUUCAGGUUUCAAAGGGGCCCAACAAAAUUUCAAAUGCAAAUCGAACAAAUCAAUGAAGACAAAAAAGACAACCGAAUUACCAAAAACGGAAGAAAAAAAAUCCAAACACAUCGAGCGACAUUCAAAAAUGUUUAAUAGCGAUUAAAAAACUAGUUAAUAUGUAAAGAAACUACUCACCAACAAAAAACACAAAGAGGAAGAAAACCUUGUAGCGUUGACAUUUUAUGCCAACUAAGUAUUUGGAAGUCUUCGGUAAAAUGAAGGAACAACAACCGAGGCCGAAAUGAAAUAAACCAAGUAUUUAGUAUAAUUAAGUCCGUGUGUAAAUAAAUAUUUGAAAGUUUGAAUUUUAUGAAAUAAAUCACGCAAAACGA